GGGCCACAGUCCUUCCCUAUUUCAGAGAAAGGCGCUGGAAUUCUGCUAAAAAAAUAAAACAAGUUUUAUUUUUCACGUUUAAAUGAGCACAAAUCGCACACAAACAGGUUCCCUCUUGAAGGCUUCUUUUCGGUGAGGCGGAAAAGGCCACCCCGUUUCAUAUUCCCGCACGUUGGAACAUGAAGGCAAGAAGCCAGAAACAUCUUCGUGAGGGAAAAGAGUCUCUCAAAACCUCCCUCCCGCCGGGCCAGCCGCUUCUUCCCGUGCCCUGCGCCCUCGUUCCGCACGCCGGCCCUCUUCGGCUGCCUCCUCCUCCUCCUCUCCGGCUGUAUCGUCCCUUCGCGGCUUCUGCCCGGGACCGCCCGCCGCUUCCCUGAGACGAAAGCUCUUCUGCCGCGUUUGGCCAUGGAGUCCGUCGAGGACCUGAGCCUGGGGCCCUGCACCGCCUCCCAAUACCUGCGGCCUUUUCGGCUCCGCUACCGCCAGAACGGGAUUUCAAAGAUUUGGGACUUCAUGAGGUCACAUGACAGUGUGUCCAUUUUGAUCUUUAAUACUUCUCGUCAGUGCUUUGUUGUGGUGAAGCAGUUCCGUCCAGCUGUCUACAUGUGUGAGAUGGAGCGAAAGUGUCCCCAAAAUUUUGAGAGGAAGAACCAAGAAACCUGGAAUCCACUGCCAAAUUCAUUGCCUGCCUCAGUGGGAGUAACCUAUGAACUCUGUGCUGGUAUUGUAGACAAGCCUGAGCUCUCUUUGGAAGAGAUUGCUUGCAGAGAAAUUUUGGAAGAGUGUGGCUAUGAAGUCCCUUUAGCUACCCUGAAGAGAAUUACUUCAUACAGAUCUGGAGUUGGUGUGACAGGCUCAAAGCAGACGUUAUUUUAUGCUGAAGUGACGGAUGAAAUGAAAGCCAGUGAAGGAGGUGGUCAGCCAGAAGAAGGCGAGCUGAUUGAAGUUGUUGAAAUACCUCUUAAGGAUUCCAUGGACUUUGCAUAUAACGAAUCCUUCCCUAAAACCAUGGGUGUGAUCUUCAGUUUCAUGUGGUUUCAGACCAAUGUUGCUCCAAAUCUUCUGGAAAAUUAGGGAGAGGAACUGAAGUAUAUUGUGAACAUGAAAAAUAAUAAUAAAAGGGGGGAGAAGGGCGAGAAUUAACCAUCUAUAUGAAACCUUUUGGGAUUUAUAUACUUCAGAAACAUAUUUUGGCAAGAGUUAAACAUUUGUCAGUAUUUGCGGCUGUUGGCCUUACACACACACACACACACACACACACACACACA